UAGUUUCAUUUCCCCGAUAACAAGAGUAAAUUGCAAUUAAAAGGUUGUUCCAUUAUCCGAACCCUGAAGACUAAAUUAAAAUAAGCCAUCGUCAUAAUCAAUUCUGCAUCAUGGAACGCAAGAACAUUGAUAUAAUCAAAAUCUCGGACGAACGAAACCAUAAUAAUGAUGAUAAUAGUGAUGACUUUAAAUAUGACUUGCCUGACAUUCCUGGAGUUCCUCCUCAUGAACUUCCAGAAGUUAUUGAAAAAAUACAAAAAAAGAGGAACUCUAUUGAAAAUGCUAAACAAGUUACUUCCAGUAGCUCAGAUAUGAGCGAUGACGAGUCUAAAGCAGAAAGUGGUGCAGAUGAUGAUGAUUUUAAGGAUAUAGAUGACAGCUUAUUUACUAAUAUCGAAAACUAUAUUUCUUCAAUCAGUUCACUAAAAAAAACUCUGCCCAAUAACCAGACAACUGAUGAAGUUGAAAAAAAAGAUGAUGAUUUAAAUUGUGAAAUAAUCAACAAUUUUCCUGAGGAAGAGAGGAGCUCUAAAAGUCCAGAAGCUACAAAACAGCAAUUAAUGCAUAAUGACCCGAAAGCACAUUUACAGCCAAUUACUCACUCAAAUUUGGGCCCAAUUCAAAAUAAAUCUCCGAAAAUUCAACCUGAACAUGCAAGGUACCACCCUUAUGAAAAGAAAGAAGUAAAAAUAUCACCACAAAAAUCUUUGGUUAAUUCUAAGGAACUUAACACACAAUGUACAGUCUCUAAUACAGCUACGGAAAGUAAUGCAGCACUCAUGCCGAUCAAAAAAGAAUUUUUGAUGUCUCCUGAUAAUAAAAUCGAUAGUACACAAAUGUUGCAACGUGGCACUACAAAUGAUUCUUAGAACCAAGUGUAUAUUAGACAAUUUAAACAUUCCAAAUUGUAAUACUUUUAUUUUAUAAUUUUUUUUUUAAGUAACAAUUAUUGGUAUUACAUUUAUAUUUAAUUAUAUAAUGUAAUACAAUUUGAAUAUGUAGCAGUUCAAUCCAUUGUUCAAACAAAUUUGUUUAAUCAACAAUACUAAAUUAUAAAAAUGUCAAAGUUUUAAUAUUAUCCUACAGAGAACAAUUAUAGAACAUCAAAACUUAUUUUGUGAAAUGUACAAUAUGCCAAAUGUUUCUGUUCAGUCUAAAUAAUAUUAUGUGUUAUUGAAUAGUUUUAAGGACAUUACAGUGUAUGUACCAUUUUUUAAAACAAAAAUAUUAAUUGUAUGUAUUAUUCAAUUUUAAACUGGU